AUGGUGUGUAAACCGCCAAUUUACAACGGGGAGGUCGACCCGAUAAUAUGUCAAAGAUGGCUAAGCGAUGUUGAAGGAGUGUUUGAAAGGACCCAUUGUGAUGUAAGUGACUUUGUCGCUUAUGGAACGGGUCAGUUGAGGGGUCAAGCCAAAGAUUGGUGGGACAACAAAAAGAAGGAAAUAGGAGCCGAAGCGGCAAGGGUCAUGACUUGGGACGAGUUUAAGGUGCCAUUCCUUAAACACCAUAGUGCCAAGUUGGUUAUUAACAGGAUCAAGGAAGAAUUCACCCAGUUAAGACAAAAGGGUGAAACAAUCGAUAAGAUCACAGGCAUCUUUAUGGAUAAGCUGAGAUUCUGUGAUGAGCUAGUCACCACUAAAGAGCAGAAGAUAUAUUAUUAUUACAACAUCUUGAGCUUUGAAUAUCGGGAGUUCAUGACUCCAUCAAAGUACGAAACCCUCACCGAGAUCAUUAACACCGCUCGGGAGCGGGAGAUCGAGUUGAAGAAGCAGAUUGAGAGGGGCGAACGAAGGGCGCAGGAUGUGAAUCCAAGCCCCACAAAGAAGGCAAAAACGGUAGAAACAACGCGAAAGACGGAUGCUAAAGGCGGGUCGCCAAGUUAUAAAGUGUGUGGUAAAGGGCACAAGGGUGAGUGCCGUUUCAAAGACAAACCGUGCCCCAUAUGCGGGAAAACGGGGCACACGGCGUCUCUAUGUCCGGGUAAAGUCUCGGUUUGCUACAAAUGUUAUCAGCCCGGCCAUAAAAAGUCUGAAUGCCCAGACUUAGUUGGAAAGAAAGAUACUAAAGAAUCUCCAACAGAAGCUCCAAAGGCGAAGGCUAGGUCCUUCCAACUUACAGCGGCUGAAGCGAAAACAGAACCCGAUGUGGUCUCAGAAGUUGAAAUAGGGGACAAUAAAAGUUUUAUAGUUUGUGACGUUUGUCGAGGUUGCAAAUUAAGCAUUGAUGAUGAGGAAUACUUGAUAGAUCUAAUCCCGAUGUCGAUGGGAGAGUUUCAAGUAUUUGUUGGGAUGGAUUGGCUAUCUCAACACCACGCAAAGGUCGUGUGUUUUCGUAAGAAGAUAAAGCUAACAUCUCCGAGCAGAAAACACGUCACCAUCUUUGGCGAGAAAGGAGGUAACCCUAUAAUAUGCUCGACGUUGAAAGCUCACAAGCUCAUGAAGCAUGGAUGUAAGGCGUUUAUGAUAUACGCGAACGAGCCCGAGAAAGAAUCACUGGAGAUUGUAGACGUACCGGUGGUACGUGACUUCGAAGAUGUGUUUCUGGAAGACCUACCGGGGAUACCGCCUGAACGGGAGGUAAAGUUCCAAAUCGAAUUGGUGCCGGGCGCGAAACCCAUAGCAAAAGCGCCAUACCGACUCACGCCAUCGGAGUUACAAGAAUUAAUGUCACAAAUUCAAGACUUGCUUGACAAGGGAUUUAUAAGGCCGAGCGUAUCUCCUUGGGGUGCGCCGGUAUUAUUUGUGAAAAAGAAUUGA